UAAACGCGGCUAAUUAUGAACGUAAGAAACCCUGAGCACCCCAGCGCGGUUCUGCGCGAUCUGAAUAGACAGAGGGAGCGGGCGGAACUGACUGAUGUUAUACUGGAGGUGGAAGGGAAGAGUUUCCCGUGCCACCGCGCAGUCCUGGCCUGCUGCAGUCCCUACUUCCGUGCCAUGUUCACCAGCAGCUACGCCGAGGCCAGACAGGACAGGGUCAGCAUCCGGGACGUCAGUGCAGUUGCCAUGGCAGCAGUUCUGGACUACGCCUACACCGGUUGCCUGGAUACGGAGCCAGACCAGGUGCAGGCUGUGAUGUCAGCUGCUAAACUGCUCCAGGUGGAUUUUGUAUGCCAUAAGGCAGCAGAGUACAUGAAGGCCCAUCUGGAUGUGUCCAACUCUGCCGAUGUCCUGAUGUAUGCCGACAUGCUGGGGGACUCUGGUCUGCUGGAGGCCAGUGAGAAAUACAUUGCAUCCAGGUUCAGGGAGGCAGUGCUACAACCCUCCUUCCUGCAGCUGUCUCUGUCCCAGCUCCUGUCAUUGCUGGACAGGGACGAUCUCAUCUCCCAAUCAGAAGACGACGUCGCCCAAGCCGCUCUAAAAUGGAUCGAUUUCAACCAAUCAGAGCGCUCGCAGCACCUCCCUGCCCUCUGCAAAAUACUGCGCCAUCCCUUCAUCAGUUCAGAACAGCGUGAAGAAAUUGAGAGAAGGCGUCCGUCAUCAUCAGAUGGUGCGUUAGUCUACAGCGGAAACACAAACCAGCGACUGGGGCAGAAGCGAACUGAAGUGCAGAUCAACCUAUCGCGUUAUUUUGGUGCUGAUCACAAGCCUUAUUUCCCAUGCUACGACCCUGCCACGGGCGCAGCAAAUUCUAUAGACCUGCCUGCCGGCUUGGACGGGCAGUACGUUAUGUCUAUGGCGGCCACCCCUGAAGGGGACCUGUAUCUGGCAGCAAAUGUUAACGUUGGCAACAGAAGACAGGGCGGUCAGCAGGCAUCGGAGAUAAAGAAGAAGUUUUACCUGUACAACCACCUGCUGGGCACCUGGGAGCUGAGAAGUGUGAUGAUUACAAAGUGGACCAGUUUCUUACCCAGGUGUGAACUGGUGGCCCUCAACGGGUACAUCUAUGCGAUCGGAGGUGAUCAAGAGAAAGGAAUGGCAGAAAGGUACGACCCAAGCCGGGAUGAGUGGACGUCCGUACCACCCUUCCCUCACCCCGUGUCCUUGCGAUCGGGGCUAUGCGCCAUGGCUCUUAAUGACAGCAUCUAUGUCAUCAGAAAGGAAGGCUGCCACUGCUUCAGUACUGCAGAAAACAGGUGGGACAGGAUCGCCGACAUGGUCGAACCCGCAUGGUUUCCACGGGCCGUCACGUAUCGGGGUAGAAUCUACUGUGUGAACUCAAUACACUCGGGGGUCCGUCCACCGACUUAUGUUGUGGCGUACGACCCUUUAGAUGGCGUAUGGAAGCGCACUGGGAGCGGCGAACCCAUCGUUUACGACAACGGGACACAGAUGUCACAGGAAGGGACCCACAAAUCAACCCUCCUGACACAUGAGGACACACUGUACCUCUUUAGUACAGACAUUAUUCAUAGCCUGAACAGCUAUAGCUAUUGGGAGGAAUCCCCACGGCCCAGCAGGAGUUAUGUUCACCAGUAUUUGCCAGAAACUGACGCGUGGGUGGCCGUAACACAGGAAAACAAGCGCAGACUGCUUCCACCAAAGCUGUGCCGCUUCACUUUGACAGCUCUCAUGGCGGCAAGGAUGUUCCCAAGCUGGCUUGGGUAUGACAGUUAUCUGGAUCGUGGGGAUCUGUGAGAGACCUGUGAGAGACCUGUGAGAGACCUGUGAGAGACGUGUGAGAGACCUGUGAGAGACGUGUGAGAGACCUGUGACAGAACUUUGAGAGACGUGUGAGAGACCUCUCAGAGACCUGUGAGAGACGUGUGAGAGAACUUU